UUCCUAUCCCUGCCACAGACACCCUCUAAGAGUCCAGUUCAAGUCACUUACCCUAAACUCUUCAGAUGUGGUCACUAUUAGUGUUCCUCGCUUUCUGGGUCAAGACCUAGAUGAAGACCCUGAUCUCUGAUUUACAAGAGUAUGGGACCGUCCGAUAGCCAUAAAGUCCACUGACCUGUGCUCUGAACAGGGAGUAGCACGCUGAGAAGUCAGGUUCUAGGUGCCUCAUAUUAGUCACUUCCCCACCCUAAAAAGUGUGUGCGUGUGCGUGUGCGUGUGCACAUUUUAGACCAUCAUCUCCAUGCCCCUUAGUUGCCAUCGUCAGACCAGGGAUAAUAAAAGCUCUUUGCAUAGAGGUGUUGUGAAGACAGGCACAUGGAAGUCCAUGGAGCCUUCAAAACCUACAGAGCCCAGCGACGCAGCAAAGCCCGCAAAGCAGCUAAUUGUUCUGCCUUCAGCGAAGGAUUUGAAGAGCAUGCAAUAAAUAAAACAGAGUCACCCCAAUCAGGAGAGAGCAAAACAGCCAAGAGCUGUUCACCCACCCUGGGCACUGACAGAGGCAGAGGUCCUGUGGAAAAAAAUAGGGUACGAUAGUGUAAUUAAGAGGCCAUUGUAGCACCUACGUACAGAGCGCCAAAUUGAGGUUGCAGAGGAAAGCUUCAUUCUGGCAUUUUCUAACCUUUGAGCGUUUGACUUGCAGCCUUCAUAAUGCCCUAGUCAAGCUGGGGAUUUGCGCAUGCGUACGCACAGUGUUUAUAUAGUCACACACACUGUAUGCGAACAACAAACAGCAUAUCCUUUUUAAUAAAUAUUUCAGGAAAUUCUUUUCAAGCUCUGACUUUUCAUCAUUUAAAAUGCUGGAGAUUCACUCAGACUAGGAAAUGCAGUGCCGGCACAGAGUCACUCUUUACCUUCAUCUCUAACAUGGGAAGCCAGUCACACAAGAUGCAAAGUACAUUGUAUAUUUCAUAGCUUAAAAUACCCUUGCAAACCGAGACACUGUUACCACCCCCCCCUUUUACUCAUAUAGAGUUGAAAAGUAAAUGCAGAUAAUUUAGGAAUAUACAGAUUCAGCAUAAUCACCAUCAAUCACUAUUCGGACUUCCAAAAUCAGCUGAAUGCUAGAAUAGUGAACUCUAACAAAACAGAACCUAUUUGUUCUUGCACUGAAUACAUACAUUUGUGUACACCCCCCUCUAACCCUAACCCCGCCCAGACAUGCACAUUCUCUUAAACCAGGUUUUGAAAAGCUUCACUCAGAUUUCACGCCACAAACAUCCUCUUUCAAGCCGACGCAACCGUGAGCACAUGUCUCAGGAGCAGUCUCCUCUGAAUGGGAUUUCCUCUACAUUUCCUUGAAGUUACUUACAGUCAGACCCUGUAGUCCAUGCUUAUGGAAAACUCCUGUCGACUUAAGUGUGACUAGCAUCCCAAUUCUCAAAGGCAUGGCACUUGCCGUUGCUAAUAAAGUAAUUCUGGAAAGGCUCAGCAACCCUAAAGUGUCCCUCCAAGAGUUAUUACUAUUACAAUAGCACUGAAGCACCUCAGAUCAGGACCCUGCUGUUGUAGGCAGUGUACAAGUGAGUAACGUAAAGACCGUGCAGUGUAGCACGAUUGCCUUUAAAACCAUGGAGAAAAGAGCCCAGAACCGGAGAUUUUCAGUACAUGCCACAGCAUGCAGCAGCUGGAGGUUUUCCAUAUAACAGGGAAGCCUAUGAGACACUUGAUCUCUUAGAAGGAAGUUUACCUUCCUCUGUUUCUACCCUCCCUGAAGCUGGUGUCUUUGGCCUCUUCUUUCUCUAUAUAAGGCAUUUCCUUCCCGAAAGCUCCUUAUUAAGCGGAAUCUAGAGCCAUUUCAAAGUUGUUUUCCCAUCCCCGUGAAUCGGACUAUGGGGGUCUCUUGUAACAAAAUUGCUAAGAAUUUCUAGCUGGACUAUGUAAUCUCAGUGCCUGGUAUCAAGGAGGGGAGGGUGGGGAAAGAGCGACAUGAAAUCAUUGACUUGUGACAGACAUUCCUCAGUAGCAGCCACCUCCUAAUGACAGCUAAUAAAGGGAAUCUUCUUUUGACAGAGCUGCAUGCCUGCUGUGGGACUGGAAUGUACCCCCGAUAAACCCCCCGAUAACCUAGGAAGCAGGGAUCACACCCAAAGAGUAUAAAAGAGCAGCCAGAAAGAGGAGCGAACAGAACGAGGGAGUGAGCCAUCGAGACCAGAAGGGACCUCUCAGAAGAAGCUCAAACUUGCUCCUAUUCCAAACCAACCCAGCAGGAUGGACACAAAAGGUUCAUUUCUCUACGGACUCCUGUUGCUGCUGCUCCUCCAGUUCCAGUCCAACCGAGCCAACCCCAUCUACAGCCUCAGCCCUGCCAAAGAACUGGCCAGCAUGGAGGCACUCCUGGAGAGGCUGGAGGACAAGUUCUCACUGAUGGAAGCCCUGGAGUCUAGCCCCGACCUGCAGGAGCCUAAAGCGGAGGAAGAGAUGCCGGCAGAACUCUUAGAGGACAGCGAUGUCCCAAAGCCUGAGCCCAGAUUCACCCCUAGUGCCCCUCAGUCCUACCGUGACUCCUUCCUCAAGAGGCUGAGGGGGCUGCAGGCCCCCAAGAUGAUGCGCGACUCCGGCUGCUUUGGGAGGAGGAUUGACAGAAUCGGGUCCCUGAGCGGGAUGGGCUGCAAUGGCUCCAGGAAGAAUUAAAGCCACUUCCCAGCACUCUUGAAGGAUGCUUUCCAGUGCCCAUUUCUCCCCGGAUGCUUACCAUGUGCUUUCUAAACUCUGUCAUGGAAAAAAGUUGUGCCUAUUUAUUUAUUUUUAUUUAUUUAUUUAUUCAAUGUUUUAUAAAAAGAACAUUUCUUACUUUCGCACCAACAGAUCAUGUUGAAAUAAAACUAACACAUUAGUCUUCUAGGCUGGAUUUUUCUCUUGUUUGUUGCAUUAAAAAGGAUGUGGUUUUUUUCCUGAA